GGCUACCAAAACACCUUUUGGUCAAUCACGCAUAUUCAAUGCUGUCCAAUGUCGUUGUCCUCGACAUCCACCAUAAAGACCCAACUAGGAAAUGCUCUGGGAACAAAAGCACCCGUCUACUUUGAUACCUUCAACCAGUUUGUUACUGGUAAAAUAUCCAGGACUGAAUUUGACGAUUCCAUUCGUCAGGUGCUAGAUGCGCCCAAUCUUGUCCAGCUUCACAACUCCCUGAUAAUAUCCCUUUUUGAUUUUACUGCCCAUCGUCGUCCUCCAACCCCUCCUCCUGAUAUUCCAAAGCCAACUCCUCGCAAGCGCCGCAGAACAAAUCCAGGCUCAGAAGAUGCAGAUGAUACACUGAGAUCGACAAGGUUGAAAAGAUGGACGGUUUCUAUGGGGAGAAGCGAACGUGAACGCGUCAAAGGGCUGCAGUCUAUCUCCGUCGAGCGCCCUCGACCACGGUACGACACGGACGAAAUCGCUCGUGAAAGAGGCGUUAUGUUACUUGCAGAACGCGGUGACCCCCCUGGCAGUCGCUUACCACUACAUCUUGCUUCCGUAUCCAGAGCACCAACAUCUCAACACAUAUCAGACAGGAUAAACCUCAUAUCUGCGCAACAUAACCUUAGUGCACCCAAUAAAGCCGUAUCCUCGUUGAUGAUGCUUGCUUUUGAAGCAAAACUAAAACAGCUCAUAACUCGCGCACUCACACUUACUUCAACUUCCCAUGCUAUAACCUCCAUCACUCCAUCCGCACCACAUUCGCAUAAUCAUGUUCUCACUGCUUCCUCUUUUGAUACUUUAUUCACAUUAUCCCCCGCUGUUCUACCUAACCAGUCUGCCGCCGCCAUGCGUUUGGCAGCUGGGGACAACGAGAUAUUCGACGACGAAGACGUUGUUCUGUUGAAAGAUAGAGAAGUUCGCGAUCAACGGUGGCAGAUGUUUGCUUUGUUGGGGGAAAGAAGUACAAUCAAAGACGCACUGCGAAAUUUGAGAUGAAUUUUAUUUUGAUGUUUUGUCGUUGCCCAUUUCAUUAUGAUACCCCCCACCCACACUAGUACACCCACAACCACCAUUCCAUGGUCAUUCUUCAUAUUGUAUAUUGAAAACAGACUUAUUAUGCUAUUAGAGAUCAGCGCCAGCCAUCAUGAUAGGGGUUAAUAUGACUCAGUACUCAGUACUCAGUGCUCAUGAUAAUU